CCAUCAACAACCGCCGAGCCGGUCCCAAGGUACGAGGGAAGGGCAAGUAGCUCCAAACUGCGGACUGGGAUGCAUUACGCUGAGCAGGCGAGCGUUUUUCCAUGGGAAUCAUGACUUCGGCCUUCAGCUGGAUUUCUUACCAUGGCGGCGGAGAGGGAGGUGAGAGUGACGAUUCGGAGGGGGAGAAUCAGGAGCUUGCACAGAUUGACAGAGAGAGACGGCGGAACUGCGCUCUCAUUCCUCUGGCCACCAGCCAGCAGCACAACCAGGGUCCUCUCUCCCCGGCCCGUUUACGUCGCCUCCGCCUCCUACUAGACGCCAACCUGGACCGGCACUCGUCGGAGGAAGAGCUGGAGCGAAUCAGCUGCGGCGACGGCAGGAAGUGGGCGUCGGCGCUUCACCAUUGCCAUAGCGACCACCACAGCAGCGCCUCUAGUGACGAGGAGGUGCGCGACCUGUGUGGCUGCGGGUCACCGGUGGCCGCCGCUGCCUCCGCCGCCGCCGUCGCCAGGCCGUUGGUUGAGUCCGGGGCUUGUCUGGCAGCCUCCCCCAGCCCCGUGCUCUUUAGCUCAAGUCCACCGCGCAGCCUCAAACCGCCGCCAAUGCGGUUUCAGCUCCAGGUGGUGCAGCCCGUGGUGCGCCCCAUAAUUUUGACCCACUUCGACCAGUCGGCGUCCCCUUACCGAAAGUAUCGACACAGCUAUGCUGGGGAGCCGCGGAGGCCUAGCCUUGACCUGGAGAAAAUGCAACAGAAAAUGCUGCUGAAAAAGAACUGCGGGGGGAAAACACGGACUAUAAAGAUUCGGAAUUUGGCCGGCGCUCGUCCUCCACCCAGGUUCACCUACGACCCCUCCAUCUUCGCCUUCCGUUCCUUGAGCACAACUCCGGCAUGCAGACCGCUGACCCCGUCCGAGGAUCCUCCCUGCGUGUGACGGGACCCACUGCCAGAGACCUUUCUUUUUUCUUUCUUUCUUUCGUUUUUUUUUUAAUUUUUAUUUUUUAUUAGUGUUUGUGCUCUUAAGACCGCUGCAGCGAGACCGGCCGUCACGAGUCAAGACAACUCGACAACGUCCGAACCGUCAAUCUGUUGCACACUCAGGUAGCUCCCGUCGCCGCUGUCCCCGUUCGUCCCUCUUCCAACGAGAACCUUCUCCAGACUCAAACGGCCCUAAACUGCAUCAUCAGGACACUUCAGGUAUCGUCGUCCGUUAACACGUCCCACGGCUGGAGAGGGGGGAACAAGCGCGGUACUGAAGGACACGGCAGCCGUGUCUGGAAGCGGACGACCUAGCAGCCGGGGGUUCGGGGCCGGACGCUGUGCGAGGGGCGGGGCCUGUCAAUUCAGACAAUCAGAAGCUCCCAAGAUGGCGCCCGGUGGCGCGAGCCUUCUCCUUAAGCGAGGCUCUCUCUCUCUCUCGGUAACUCGCCACGCUAAACGGAAAGACCCCGCCUGCCUCAAGACCUACGUUGUUGAAUGUGUCGUUUGAAUAUGCGGGUCUGUUACGUACGACUGUAGUCGCGUAGUCAGUCUUGGAUGCAGCGCUGGUGAAAUUUGGCGCUCGUAGUCAAGGUCGAUUUGAAGUAGUUGCGCCCUCUCUCUCUCUCUCUCUCUCUCUCUCUCGCCGCGUGCAGCGUGUUUCGCAGAAAAAGGGGAGGCGCGUCAGAGUGAGCGUGACGCGUGAGACUAGACCGCUGCGCGCGCAUAUGGCGAGUCCGACCGGUGCUCGGUCUUACAUAGGCUGCGUAGUGCGCCGUUCUUCUUCCGGUGUUGUACCUAGUUUCCUUGUAGGUAGAAGAAAACUAGGCGUUUUCCAAAAAAAAACACAAAAACAAAAACAAAAAAAAGUAAACUACUAAUAACACACGUUAGCCCCUAGCUAAUGGGUCUGACCCUUUAGCCGAGCGGUUAGCGACGUCGCCUUGUGGUGCAGUACACCCCGUAUCGAAUCCCGCACCGGGCAAGAAAAUAACCGGUUACAAAAACAAAAAAGUCUCCCUAUUGCCUUUAAAUGAUUUUGAGAUGACGUUGCCGUUGCGUCAGAUGUCAACCUGAGGUAAGACUAGGCUCUUGGGAAACGGACAUAAACAAGUAGAGAGGACGGACACCGAGAGAGCACGACCAUGCUGAAAUAACACGACGCCGCGCUUGUGCUCAUGAAUGUAUUCCUUGUCGGUUGUGUUGAUCAAACACAAUGUCGCCACUGUAACCAAGGCUGGCUGGAGUGACUGUAACAUUGUGACACGUCUUUGUCUCUUGUUGCAUAAAAUGAACUAAUAAAUGGCCGGUGUCCUCUU